AUGGUACUUGAGGUCCACAAGAAGAGAAAGCGAGAUUAUGUCCUAGAAAUACCAGAACGAGAACGAGAGAACGAGCAACAGCAACAUCGACAGUUAGAUGGCAAACACGACGAGGCCGAGCAAUUUCCUACCAAUGUGCCCUCUGCUGCUCCACCGUCCGAGAAGCCAGGCUCGAAAUCCGAUCCCACCAAGACGUCUGUUCGCUCCGAGGCCGAACCAGAGAGGAAGAUAAUUGAGAUUGAAGAGACGCGACAUCAUCAAGACGAGUGUGCGACUUCAUACACUGCAUUAGAGCAAGAGGUGCAAAGCUUGCAGGAUGAUAAAAGGGCGUUUGAGGAACUGAAGAACGAGGAGAAGAAGAACGAGAACGCGAACGAGAAGAAGAAGAAGAAGAACGAGAAGAAGAAGAACGAGAACGAGAAGAAGAACGAAAACGCGAACGAGAAGAAAAACGAGAGAACGUCCUCUGCAUCAUUGAGACGGUGUUUCGUGUCGCAUCAAUCGCAAUGGUGA